UUAUUUCUCUCCCCCUCUUCAUUUCUCACGCACCCCAAUUUUUUUUAUCUCUCUCUUUCUCUUCUUCCUUCUCUCCCACCACACCCACCUCACGUCCUCACAUCUCCUCUACGCAGAUCCCCCACCCUUUCUCUCUUCUACAUCCCCACUAUCACAUACAAAGGUCCUGUCUUAUGCUCUGGGAGUAAGGUGCAAUUCCGGUGAUUUGGCGAGAUUCCGACGACGUAGUGUGAAGUUUUUCUCUGGUGUGAAUAUGGACGCUGGUAAGCUCUUCGCUCUGAAGAAAAAGAAGGGCAAGGCCCAAGCCCAGAAGAAGGACCCCUCGGUCCAACCGCCUGUGGAAGCCUUCUUUCAAAAGGGGCUCCGCAGCCCUCUGCUGCGGAGGGAGUUGCCGGGGUGGCCGAGGGGGCCACCAAAAAGAAAAAGGGGAGCAAGGCGGUUGAGCCCCCGACUAAGAAGCAGAGGGGUACAGGGGGCACUGUCGGCCAGGAUGCCCCCUUGGUGAUCAUUGAGGAUCGCCCUUCUCCCGAUCCCCCUGUCGGUGCUGCGGCGACAGCCCAAGCCGAUCUUCCCUUGCGAAGCCCCCCCGGGAGAUCCCGCAACUUUCCUUGGCCCCGGGGGCAUCUAUCCUACAUGGCUCAGCGGAGCCGAAGGCCUUCUUGAAGGGGAUCACCUCGGCAAUGGACAAGGCUGCCCUCUCAACCUACGAUGAUGAGGCCCUCGAGAACAAGAUCCUUCGAUCUUCGUUAACUGCUUGUGUAGCCCUCGGGGAGCACGCACAGAGGCUCGAGCAAUGGCGCCUCCGGAAAGCGGAGCAGGAUCGGGAGAUGAAGGAGCUCAUCCUGAAGAACUCUGAUGCUGUAAAGCAGAUGGCCUUGCUGGAGGAAGACCUCCGGAAAGCUGCCGAGGGCGCUGAGCUGAAGGCCAAGGCUGCCGUGGAGGAGGCCAGGCUUGAGGCCGAGAGGGCAGCUAAGAAAGCCGCCGAGGAGGCAGAGCUCGCCAAGGCCGAGGCCGUCGCCAAAGCCCGAGAGGAAGCUGUUGUCGCAUUCAUGGCCGAGGGCUGGAAAGCCGAAGAUAGGCAGCAAUGGGUGGCCUCGGUCGUGGAGUCAUCGGUAGAUGACUGGGUGAAGGGCCCCGGGGGAGACUGGAUGGCGGAGAGGGGAGACAGUUAUUACCAAGGGGGUGAAUUCUUCACCCAGCACCUAGUAUACCGGAGGCUCGCCAGGCACUUCCAAGUCUCCCUCGAGGAAUUUGACCCCUCGGCGUACGGCUUUCCUCCUUUGCAGCCAGAUGUGAGAAACCCCCUCCCCCCCGGGCGAAGAGAGGCCUGUGAUCCAUGACUCCAUGAUGAUGGGGGGAUCCGGUGAUGGUGAUGCCGAGGCUGCCAUCGGGGAGGAGGUCACCUCGAAGCCCGCCGAGGAGGCAACAGCUGAAGGAAACACUUGCACUUAGUAGCUUUUUGAACACCUUUUCUUUUUGUUUGUAAUGAAUAUUUGUGUACUCUCGGUCUCGACCAUAUUGUAAUAUAUACUUUAACUCUUCCAUUCUUCUUAUGAAUGAAUACCGUCCUUCGGGCUUUUGUGUA